AUGGAUUCGUCUUCUUCAUCAUCUUCGAAUCCUAAAUGGAUACACGACGUGUUCCUCAAUUUUAGAGGAGAAGACACUCGUCCGGGCUUCAUUUCUCAUCUCUAUGCUGCCUUAAAAAAUGCUGGAGUCAAUGCAUAUAUUGACCGUCAUCUUCCUAAGGGAACUGAGCUGGGACCAGAACUAUCACGAGCAAUAGAAGGGUCUCAUAUAUCUAUUGCUGUUUUCUCCAAAAGAUAUGCCGAAUCUAGUUGGUGUCUUAAUGAGCUGAAAAAGAUCAUUGAAUGCCACAGAAAUCAUGGUCAGGUGGUUGUCCCUGUAUUUUAUGAUGUUGACCCGUCAGAAGUGCGCCGCCAGAAUGGUGAUUUCGGGAUAUAUUUGAGACGUACUGUAAAAGAAAAAUACCUUGACUCGGGAGAGGAAAGGAUGGAAUAUAUGCUGUCCAAGUGGAGGAGUGCACUCACCGAAGCUGCUCAUUUAUCUGGUUGGGAUGUCAACAAUUGCAGGAAUGAAGCCGAACUGGUGCAACAAAUUGUUGAGGACAUUUUGACAAAACUAGAUAUUGCAUCCUUGUCUAUUACUGAAUUCCCAGUUGGAUUGGAUUCCCGUGUACAACAAAUAAUUGAGUUCAUUGAAAAUGAAUCAAGCCAGGUCUGUAUAAUAGGGAUAUGGGGAAUGGGUGGAUCUGGUAAAACAACCACAGCUAAAGCUAUCUACAAUCGAAUUCAUCGCAAGUUUGUUGAUAGAAGUUUCGUUGAAAAUGUUAGAGAAGUCUGUGAAAAGGAAAAUAGAGGGAUUAUUCAUUUACAAGAACAACUACUUUCAAAUAUCUUGAACACAAAGGAGAAGAUAUACAGCAUUGCAUUAGGGACAACUAAGAUAGAGAAAAUAUUUUGGGGAAAAAAAGCACUUGUUGUACUCGAUGAUGUGACUACAUUUGAACAGAUAAAAUCGCUAUGUAGAAAUCCUAAAUUGCUAGGUAUGGGAAGUGUGUUAAUUGUUACAACCAGAGAUGUUCGCCUACUUAAUUUAUUAAAGGUAGAUUUUUUGUGUACAAUGAAGGAAAUGGGCAAAAAUGAAUCCCUUGAGCUUUUCAGUUGGCAUGCUUUUAGACAACCUAGUCCAAACAAAGACUUUUUUGAACUCUCGAGGAAACUAGUUGCUUAUUGUGGAGGAUUACCGGUUGCUCUUGAAGUCCUUGGUUCUUACUUAUGGGAGAGGACAAAAGAAGAAUGGACAAGUGUACUCUCAAAACUAAAGACAAUUCCCAAUGAUCAAGUGCAAGAGAAAUUGAGAAUAAGCUAUGAUGGUUUAAAGGAUGAUAUGGAAAAGGAUAUAUUUCUUGACAUAUGUUGUUUCUUCAUCGGCAAGGACAGAGCGUACGUUUCUGAGAUACUAAAUGGUUGCGGGCUUCAUGCUGAUAUUGGAAUAUCUGUCCUCGUAGAACGGAGUCUUGUCAAAAUUGAAAAGAAUAACAAGCUUGCAAUGCAUGACUUAAUAAGAGAUAUGGGAAGAGAAAUUGUUCGCAAACGUUCAGCAAAAGAGCCUGGGAAGCGUAGUCGAUUGUGGUCUUGUGUGGAUGCACAUGAUGUUUUAACAAAACAUACUGGAACAGAAACUGUAGAAGGACUGGCUUUGAAGUUGCAAAGAACCAACAGAGUUUGCUUCAAUGCUCAUUCUUUUAAUGAGAUGAAGAAUCUGAGACUACUACAAAUUGAUUGUGUUGACCUCACUGGAGAUUAUGGGUAUCUUUCUAAAGAGCUCAGAUGGAUCCAUUGGCAACAAUCCACCUUCAACUCUAUACCUAAUGACUUUUAUCUGGGAAAUCUAGUUGUUAUUGACUUGAAACACAGUAGAAUUAGGCAAGUUUGGAAUGAAACCGAGUUGCUGGGGAACCUAAAAAUUCUCAAUCUCAGUCAUUCCAAGUACUUGAAAAGAACUCCCGACUUUUCAAAAUCACCGAAUCUAGAAAAGCUCAUCAUGAAAGAUUGUCCAAACUUAUCUGAGGUACACCAAUCCAUUGGAGAUCUCAAUAAUCUUCUUCUGAUAAAUUUGAAGGACUGUACAACUCUUAGCGAUCUCCCAAAGAAGAUCUAUCAAUUGAAAUCUGUGAAAACUCUCAUCCUUUCUGGUUGUUCAAAGAUUGACAAGUUGGAAGAAGACAUAGUGCAGAUGGAAUCCUUGACAACAUUGAUUGCCAAAGAUACCUCUAUAAAAGAGGUGCCAUGUUCAAUCAUAAGAUCGAAAAGCAUUGGAUACAUAUCCCUAUGUGGAUAUGAAGGAUUAUCAUGUAAUGUUUUUCCUUCUAUCAUUUGGUCUUGGAUGUCUCCGACCAUAAAUUCUCUACCCUGCAUUUCCCCAUUUGGGAACAUUUCAUUGUCCCUGUCUUCCACCAAUUUACAUAAUAAUAACUUGGGCCUUCUAUCACCAAUGGUCAUAAGCCUUUCAAAAAUCAGAACUGUUUGGGUACAAUGCCGCUCGAAGAUUCAACUAACACAAGAAUUACAAAGAGUUCUUGAUCAAUAUGUUGUAAAUGUUUCUGAAUUGGAAACAUCACAUGCAUCACAAAUUUCAAAUCUUUUCUUUAGAUCGCUGUUGAUUGGAAUGGGAAGUUGCCACAUAGUCAUAGAUACUCCUGGCAAGAGCUUAUCACAGGGAUUAACCGAUGAUUCGAGGGAUUUUUUCCUUCCAGGUGGCAAUUAUCCUUCUUGGUUGGCCUUUACAGGCGAAGGACCCUCGGCACAAUUUCAAGUUCCUGACGAUAUUGAUUGUCACGUGAAGGGAAUAAUCUUAUGUGUUAUUUAUUCAUCAACCUCAGAAAACAUUGGAGCUGAAUGUCUUACUAGUGUCUUGAUCAUUAAUUACACAAAGUGCACCAUUCAGAUACACAAGCGUGACACGGUAAUGUCCUUUAAUGAUGAAGAUUGGAAGAACGUAGCAUCAAAUCUAGGACCUGGUGACGAUGUGGAGAUUUUUGUAGCUUUUGGGCAUGGGUUGAUUGUUAAAGAGACAGUUGUCUAUUUAUUUUAUGAUAAGUCAAUCACUAUGGAAUUUGAACAAUCAAUUAUUAUGGAAGUUGAGCCAUCAACUAACAUGGAAGUGAAGCCAUCAGAGGAAGUGAAUGUGCAGCCGUCACCAGUAGUGGACGUGCAACCAUCACCUAAUGCAAGAGUAGAGGCAUCAAUUACUAUGGAACUUGAACAAUCAAUUACUAUGGAAGUUGAGUUAUCAACUAACAUGGAAACGGAGUCAUUAGCCGAAAUGGACGUGCAGCCAUCAUCUGAAGUGAACAUGCAACCAUCACCGAAUGUGACAGUCGAGGUAUCAACUAACAUCGAAGUGAAGCCAUCGGAGGAAGUGAGCGUGCAGCCGUUGCCUGUAGUGGAUAUGCAACCCUCGCCUGUUGUGGAUGUGCAACUAUCACCUAACAUCAAAGUGGAGGCAUCAAUUACUAUGGAAAUUGAACAAUCAGUUCCUAUGGAAGUUGAAUUACCAACUAACAUGGAAAUGGAGCCAUUAGCCGAAAUGGACGUGCAACCGUCACCUGAAAGGUACAUGCAACCAUCACCUAAUGUUACAGUCGAGGCAUCAACUAACGUUAAAACCAAUCCGUCGCCAGAAGUGAAGGCGCGGUCAUCAGUGCAUUUUCAGUCCCAACAAAUGGAUUAUUUGAUGAUAUAA